AUUCAACACAAUCAUCAAUCAAAAUUUUCAAAAACAAAAUUAUAUUGUAAAACAUAUCAAAAUAAGAAUCAAAUUGAUAUAAAAGCAAAUUGGAAUGGUAUUUGGCUUUAUAGAGAUUCUAAACUUUCAUAUUUCUAGCAAUCAGGAUUGAGGAUUUGGGUUUGGGAGCUGGGAUCUCGAUCUUGGAUCUGGGAAGGAUAAAGAACAAAAUCAUACACGUUAACCCAGGCUGCAAUAAUAAUUCUUUUUUUAUUUUUAUUAAAGUGAGAAUUAAAACUGUUGAAACAGAAUUUAGAUAGUAUUUUAGGGCUGUGACAUCCUGUAAAGAUUGUGUUGAAUUAGGUUUUUGUUUUAGUGAAAUCGAUGCAAAUGAAAUAUAAUCAGUUUUUGUUUGGUUGUAAAAAUUGCACCUAGUGUUUAUUUGGAACGUAGUGGUUUUUGCGUUCCAAGUCCCUUCUAAACAAUUUUAGUAAUUUUUAAUUUAUCCCAAGUUAAUGAUAAUAACAGUAGCUAAUCGAUAGCCUAGCCUAGGCCUAAGUUUGUGAAUUUAUACAAUCAAAAUGAUAAAACUAUUUUCUUUGAAACAGCAGAAAAAGGAUGGUGAGGCUACACCAAAAGUAGGAAAUCAGAAAAAAGCUUCUGCUGCUCAAUUACGAAUUACAAAAGAUAUAAAUGAAUUAAAUCUACCAAAAACAUGCAAUACAGAAUUCCCAGAUCCAGAUGACCUUCUAAGUUUUAAGCUAAUUAUUUGUCCAGACGAGGGUUUCUACCGAGGGGGCCGAUUUGUGUUCAGCUUCAAGGUUGGCCCCAACUACCCUCACGAGCCGCCCAAGGUGAAGUGCGAGACGCCCGUCUACCACCCCAACAUUGAUCUCGAAGGCAACGUCUGCCUCAACAUUCUCCGCGAGGACUGGAAGCCUGUGCUAACGAUCAACUCUAUCGUCUAUGGCCUGCAGUACUUGUUCUUGGAGCCGAAUCCAGAAGAUCCCCUGAACAAGGAAGCGGCCGAAGUACUACAGAACAACAGACGCGUUUUCGAGGUGAACGUGCUGAAAGCGAUGCGCGGCGGCUGCGUCGGAUCCACCUACUUUGACCGCUGUCUGAAGUGAAUUCGGCUAAUUGCAAAUUGUAUAAAUAAUUUGGUUUUAAACUGCGCAAACAUUAAUUACUCUCUAAUUGCAAUCUUACCCCGUUCUCCUCACUUUUCAACUGGUGUACGUUGUGACGAGACACACUAUAUUAACCGAAUAAAUUGAUGUGUUACUGUUAGUAGGCUUCAAAUUAUUACUAGUAUCGAUUAAUUUUUCGUGCACUAUUUUUAAUGCUACGAUGAUGAGUGAGAGCUCAAUUUCAAAGUUCUCAAAUCUUUUUAAUGUAAAGUAUCUAUAAUUUCCUCAUCUUAAUUGCUACUCUUGAUGAAAAUCUUGGGGUGUAGUAUUUUUUAUAAAAAAGAUUUAUUGUACUUUUUGUUUGUAAGAAAAAAGAAAUACACUUUAUUUUGAUAUGUU